UGGCGAUUUGGCGGGUAUACUUGAGAUCACCUGACCAAUUUAUCUCAAAGGCUGCACCAUCCUUGCCCAUAGACAAGCAACCGAAAGUCUGCCUACAAUGGCGACCAGUCCUAGCUUCGUGGCUUCCCUUCCCAUGAAAAUGCCGGCGCGACAUCCAGCUCUUGUAAAGCUUGUUACAUAAUCAGACGCAACUGGCCAUGCUCAUUCAACCUUCGCGAUGCACUCGGAGUCAAACUCCUAGUCCACGGCGGCUGCAGUUUCGGACGUAGCAGUGGCAGUGACAUCUUGGGCCGGAGUCAUAGUACAUGGAGCUACCGGUUCAUUUUAUAUGGUAAUCGAGAUAGCUAUACAUCCGACAGCGAUGAUGAUAUAAGCGCAUUUCUACAGAUUCUUCCGUACGAUUUGCGCGAAGCUCUGUUGUCUGACUCUAGGCAAGAACAUUUACUCGAGGUGAUAUUGGAUUUUGGCCGUUUACCACAUGCACAGUACUUGGGUGAUUUUGGUAUCAUGUAAAGAACUUGAGUAUGUUCAAAAUGCAAUCGGACAAUUCGGAGGCGACAACAGAGCUGGAAUCGAGGGUAGCUUGCAUCGUGUGUCUUCUAUUAAGAAUAGGAAGGGAAAAAUUAUUGGAUUGACUUGCCGAGUUGGCAGAGCAGUUAGCGGUCAAAUUGACAUGGUCAGGGAUUUGCUUGAGUUUGGUGAAAGCAUCUUGUUUGUUGGAAGGCCUGGUGUGGGAAAAACUACAGUCAUGAGAGAUUUAUCCCGUGUCAUGUCAGAUGAUCUUCAUAAAAGAGUGGUGAUUGUCGACAGCAGCAAUGAAAUUGGAGGUGAAGGAGAUGUUCCACAUCCAGCAAUAGGGGGUGCAAGAAGACUGCAGGUUAAAAAUCCUUACAUGCAGCACCAAGUGAUGUUAGAAGCAAUUGAGAAUCACAUGCCUGAGGUGAUCGUCAUUGAUGAGAUUAGCACAGAAGCUGAGGUUCGCGCAUGUCGUACAAUUGCUGAGAGAGGAGUAAUGCUUAUAGGCACAGCUCAUGGAAAGCAACUGGAGAAUAUCAUUAAAAAUUCAACUUUGUCUGAUUUGAUUGGAGGACUAGAAUCUGUGACUAUCAGUGAUCAGGAAGCUCAAGCAAGGAAUUGCAGAAAAAGUGUUCUUGAGAGGAAAACUCCACCAACAUUUCCCUUCCUCGUUGAAUUAAGGGAGAGGCACUACUGGAUCGUACAUCGGACUGAGAAAAGUGUGGAUGCUUUUCUUUGUGGAAAAAAACCAAUUGUUGAGGUAAGGAAGAGAGAUAAGCAAUUCAAAGUUGUGAUUGAGAGAUGGAAAAUAGAUGAUUGAAUCUCUGCUGUUUUUACUCAAGCUGGAACCGUCAUGAGUUCCUAUGGUCGUCUCAUUCAUUCGACUUUUGUGGGCUUCAUCCUAUGGAGUAAAGUAUCUUAUAGACUCGUGCCUGGAUUAAUGCUACCCUUAAAGGUAACUUUGUGUUUAAUUCUAAUUCAUUCUUUAAAUAAUAGACACUUCCCCAUUUUAAUCUUUAUUUUACAUGGUACCAGAAGAUUAUCAUCCCUUCUCCCAUCCCUUCUCAUAUCACACACCACUCUAGGCACAAUAUACCGUUCACCUGGAGGUAAUUUUCCCGUUCUUUUGAGACAAUGCUCAUUAAAAAUAAGUGACACUCAUUUUUACAUUUGUGGAAUGCUCAUUGUGUAUGACAGUACAUCUAGGUGUAGCAUAUACACCCUCAUCUUAAUUCUGUCAUUUCUUCUCUGCUUCGCCCAUCUACACAGCUCUCAUCAUGAGCAAUGGUGACAAUUCUUCAGCAGUACCACAUGACAAGACCCAGCUGUGAAAACAUCUGACACCUCCAUUUCUCUGUUAAUUCUGGGGAGUUUGGAAACUGUUUUAGAAAAUCUGGCGGAUUUCUCAGAGUAUCGUGUGAUCACUUUCCGAAUCUAAUAUUUCGACCCUAUGCCUGGGUUACACGAAAUUUAGAUUAUGGGGAUAAUCACUCUGAGAGACAGUCUAAAACUGAGGCACCAAUAUAUAGACCACGAACUAGCAGUUUUAGUAGAACUCGAAUUCUUCUGAUUACCAAAGAGAUAAGGCCAAUCAGUUAGAGUUUUACUCUAACAGAAAGUCAUUCUAUUAAAUAAUUAAUAUGGACAUGUUUAUCCGAAAAUAAAUUUCCAUAUUUAUUUCUUUAAUAAAAUAAAAUUUUGGUCCGGGGCGCUGUCCCGAACCCCGCGAGGGCGGCCUCCCGAGACCCCCGCCAGGGGCGCUGCCCCUUGGACCCCGCCAGGGGCGCUGCCCCUUGGACCCCGCCAGGGGCGCUGCCCCUUGGACCCCGCAAUGUGCCCCCUUGACCCCCGCCAUUUAAUCGAACCAAGUUUAAAUUUAAUUUCGUACAAGUGUGCGCUCCGCACCUCCUAACUUGUCUAAAAUUAAAUUUGAACUCCAUUGGUAAUCUGUAAAUUCCAUUACACUAAAAUGAACCUGGUGAUACUAAAAUCACCAACAUUCUCUCUGCCUCUGGAAAACUUUCCUCCAUGGGUGUCCAAAGCUUCCAUCAUGCUCCUCUCCGGUUUGACAAGUGGAAUUGGAGGCUAUUAGCUAUGGACUGAACUGUCAAGACAGGCGCACAAGCUUUUAGCUUUGUUGUUGAAUCGGACUCCUUUGCUCCAAUCCUCCACCUAAAAGGUUCUAUCACUCUAUGUAACCAUUUUGGUGAUUCAAUAGAAGUUCUUACGUUGUUUCGGAAUAUGUAAAUUUUAAUACACACGCACGCGCACGCACACACAUCAUCAUUUUUUAUCGUUCUCAUUUCUCAUGAGAAGAAGUGUUUUCACCGAAAUUGAACCCUAU